AGAUUUGCAAGACGUGUGUGUGGCAGACGAGAGUUGGAGAGGAAAUCUUAGUAGCGCUGUAUUUAUUGACAGCGUAAGAACAUUAAUAUUUCCUUUAUUGGAAUUUCUUAAACAUGAGGAUACGCAGAAACAUUAUAACAAUACAGCUGGUGACGUUAUUCUCAAUAUUCUGUGAAAGUGUUGCUGUAGGAUUUACUGUCGAUCAAUUUAACCAUGCUAAAUUAAUAAGAAAGGAAGAUCUUCCGGGAUUUAAGCAAAGUAAAACAGUUAGCGUUUUAUACUAUUAUAAGGAAGAUAACCCCAAACACAGAAGUUUCUUUCAUGAAUAUGAUAAAUCUGCUGAGUAUUUAGGACUGUAUGACUUAAAGCUGGGAGUGGUAAAUUGUAAAGAUCCAGCUAACUCUGAUGUUGACAGAUGCACAGAAGAUAAAACAGAUGCAUUGGUUUACACAUAUAGUAAUGGAAACGAACUGCUGGCCCUGGAAAUUGAAACCAUGUUUGAUGUUAAUUCAAUGAUGUCAAAUAUUUUACAAUUGGCUUUACUUCGAGAAGUUCCAAUACUACAAAGCAAAGAAGAGAGGGAGAACUUCGUAAACAAACACAAAGGGACUCAUGAUGUUGUCUUCUCAUUCCAGAAAGCCAUUGGAACAUAUGAACAUAGAAUUUUCAUGGAAGUGGCUUAUGCUUUCCAUCACAAAUUCCAGUUUGCCAUUAGUACAGCCACAGAAGCAGUGACAGGACUUAUCCCCCACCCGGAGAUCUUAGAUGAGGCCAAAGUUUGGUUCCUGAUGUGUAGUCAGGUCAUCAAUAAAGAAGAUGACUGCUUUAUCAAGUUUUAUGAUGAUAAAAUGGAUUUGUCUUCCCUUGCCAGUUUUAUGAGAAAACUUGACACUCCACCAAAUUUUGACAUUCCUGGUGACGGCAUUACUCAUCCCUACACCCCUGACCUGGGUCUACAUCUGGUGUACCUGUUCUACCGGGAAUCUACAUACGUCCACCAUGUAAAAUGUUUAUUACUGUUAAUGUGUAAGGCUGCCUUUAUUACUGUUAAUGUGGAGGCCACUCUUCCUGAGGCAGUAGGAUUGGAUGAUUUUCCUCCAAAUACACCAGCUGUUGCUGUGCAGUACAAAUCAGAGAAAAAUCUGGUUCACAUGACUGAGGCCUGGUCAAUAGAUAGUGCUUUUGAGUUCUUUGCCAGUAAACUACAUGAAUACGAGGUCAGACCGAGAGAACAGGAAGGACAGGGCGUUGGUGAUGUGAUGGGGGAUGAAGUGGAGGGUCAGACUUAUCCUGAGGGGGAGCUGGAAGAAAAGGACAGAUACAGUGAGGAAAUUGAGACUGAAGAUGACCAGGUAGCUGAGGCAAUACAGAGGGCCAGGAAAAUUAAAAUGGACCUGGAGCUGGUAGAGAGACUUACAGAUAAAACAUUUACCCCCACCAUCCAGGAGAGAGACCUUGUCUUUACUCUCUUCUAUCUGCCAUUUGAUCACAGAAGUCUGGCCAUUCUGCGGGCCUAUGGAGAAGCUGCCAGGAAGUUUGAGAACCAGACAGACAGACCGUUUACUGUUGUGAACUGCCAUGACUGGACAGAUGUAUGUGCUACAGAGAACAUAACUCGAUACCCAGUACUGAAAAUCUACGAACAAGGAAAAUUCCUGAAAGACUACGACGGCAUGCUGAGCAUUGAAGAUGUUAUGAAUGCUUAUAAACUCUUGAAACAAGAGAAACCUGUUUCUCUGGCCGAUAAAGAAGAAAUUGAGAAAUUCUUCACAGGGAUCCUUCCUGAUGGAUCCAACAUCACAGGGACUGUGUCUGUAGUAGCCCUCUUUGAUGAUCAGAAUAAAGGGGUGCAGACUUAUAAAGAAGUGGCCAGGAGCCUGGGAGAUAAAUUCACUUUUGGUAUAAACAGUGACGGACAAGGAAAAGAUUUUGCCCAGAAGUCUGGCUGUGGGGACCUCCCUUGUGUGGUUAUCCUGAGGAGGAAUGACCUUGUUCAGCCGUACGUGACCUUCAGUGGAGAUCUGACCUCAGCUGAGGAGCUCAGCAGCUUCAUUGAGAAAUCCCUUAAUCCUUCACUGGCUGAACUGACACCCUCCAUCUUGCCCCAACUAUACAAGCAGAACAGGCCAUUUGUGAUCAGCUUUGUAGAUGACACAGAAUCCUCCAGACAGCUGUUAGAACCCAUUCAGAGCCUUGUUAAAGCCCAAGCUUACCCUGAUCUCAUUUUCUGUUUACUACAAUCUGGUGAUAUUAACAGCUUUGGGAGACAGAUUUUACAGACCUAUCAGAAUUCUACCUCCUCCUCCGUACCAGCUCUGUCUUAUGCUCAUCUGAGAGAGGGGAAAGUGUACAAUUACUUAGACAAGUCGUUUACAAAGGAUCAGAUAGAGGCCUGGCUGAAGGACAUACAGAACCAGAAUAUUGAUGAUAAAACACUGUUUUUGCUGAAGGAUGGCACUUAUAAACCAAGGAUUCAAGGCUAUCAUUUCCUUGAAUUUAUAAAAGAAAAUGAAGAGAUGAAGAAAAAGAGCCAGGGUAGAAAAGUGGAUCCAGAUGUACAUGCUGCAAAUGUACAUGGAAUAGGAUUUGACAGUGAGGGAAAUGAAGUAGACCCAAGGAAUCAAGACAAUAAAAAGGAGGAAACUGUGGAUGACUCAGAGAUAAGGAGGGAGCUGAUUGAGCUACAGAAAUCUCGACUGUAUCAUCAUGCAGAAGGAAAACACAAACCCUCACACAGGAAGCCUGAGGACCACUCAGAUACCCCAAGACAUACCCCCGAGUCUAUACCCCCUACCCCAGAGACUGGGGGGUCGGGGUACCCAGCUCCAGAGGAUACUAGUCCCUCCUCUGAAGGUUCCACCCCGAGUCCUCCAAAGAAAACAAUCAUUCAUGACGAUCUAUGAUUUGCGGAUUCUAAUUCAUAGUUAUAUUUAUUUCAUAAUUUUGGGUGUGGUAGCUUAUUUAUGUGCACAUGCACCAUGUAUAAAAGCAAUCCCAUAUUUUAAGAUACAUGUUCAGGAAAGGCCAUUGUAACAAUCUGUUAAAAGGUUGUUUUGCAUAUAAAUGCAAUGAAUAAAUUAAGUAGGUCCCUUUUUUAAAAAUUUUUAAAUCAAAACACAUACAUGUUAUACAUGUAACUAAUGCUUAAUUUCUUUUGAUAUGUAAAGAAAUAUUUUUUCUUCUUUUCCCCAACUGGAAUUUCUUCUCUUUUUUUUUUAUCUCAGAGUAUUCAUGUUAUAUUUUUUAGCUCACCUGAGCUGAAAGCUCAAGUGAGCUUUUCUGAUCACCUGUUGUCCGUCUGUCCAUCUGUCUAGCUGUCUGUCUAGCUGUCCGUCCGUCCGUCUGUAAACUUUUCACAUUUUCAACUUCUUCUCAAGAACCACUAGGCCAAUUUUAACCAAACUUGGUACAAAGCAUCCUUGGGUGAAGGGGAAUUUAAAUUGUUAAAAUCAAGGGCCAAGUUCCUUUCCAAGGGGAGAUAAUCAAUAAUUUACAAAAAUAGGGUGGGGUCAUUAUAAAAUCUUCUUCUCAAGAACCACAUGGCCAGAAAAGCUGAAACUAAUGUGGAAGCAUCCUGAGGUAGUGCAGAUUCUAAGCUGUUCAAAUCAUGACCCCCGGGGGUAGGGCGGGGCCACAAUGGGGAAUCCAAGUUUUACAUAGAAAUAUAUAGGAAAAAACUUUUAAAAUCUUCUUCUCAAGAACCACUGGGCCAGAAAAGCUGAAACUUAGGUGGAAGCAUCCUGAGGUAGUGUAGAUUCUGAAUUGUUCAAAUCAUGACCCCCGGGGGUAGGGCGGGGCCACAAUAGGAAAUCCAAGUUUUACAUAGAAAUAUAUAGAAAAACACUUUAAAAAUCUUCUUCUCAAGAACCACUGGGCCAGAAAAGCUGAAACUUAUGUGGAAUCAUCCUGGGGUAGUGUAUUUUCUAAAUUGUUUAAAUCAUGACCCCCAGAGGUAGGGCGGGGCCACAAUAAGGAAUCCAAGUUUUACAUAGAAAUAUAUAGGAAAUACUUUAAAAAUCAUCUUCUUAAAAACCACUGGGCCAGAAAAGCUGAAACUUAUGUGGAAGCAUCCUGGGGUAAUGUAGAUUCUGAAUUGUUCAAAUCAUGACCCCCUGGGGUAGGGCGGGGCCACAAUAGGGAAUCCAAGUUUUACAUUGAAAUAUAUAUGGAAAAAUCUUUGAAAAUCUUCUUCUCAAGAUCCACUGGGCCAGAAAAGCUGAAACUUUGGGGUAGUGUAGAUUCUAAAUUGUCCAAAUCAUGACCCCUGGGGUAUUACAGAGGUGGGAUCUGUUAAAGAACAGCAUGGCCAAAGUUUCUCAGGUGAGCGAUGUGGCCCAUUGGCCUCUUGUUUAUUAUUAAUUAUGUGUAAGAAGUUCAUUUUCAUGAAUGAAAUAUAGUAAAUAUUUAAUCACUAUUUUAUUAUAGGGAUGAUUUUAAUGCAAAUAAUGCAAACUCUCUAAAUAGUAAUACAUGUACUAUAUAUAGACUGCAAUUGAACAAUUAAAUAAUAUAUUUCCAUGGGAAUUAGUAGGAAAAAAUAAAUGAUAUCAGUGUAGAAUGCAUAAUAAAAUGCUUUAUAAAUGUUUGAAAUGUAUAAACAGUUCAUUUUUCUUUUUCUUCCUUAUUUAUUUUUGGAAAUUGCUCAAAACAAUUCAUAUUUAAUGUAUACAGGAUAAAAUUUUGUUAAUAUUUUAUUAUUAUUAUGAUUAUUUUAUUGGUAGGCUAUGAGCCAGAUUUACUAGUAUUGAAUAACUUGUUUUAAGUCUAUGUAUCUGGAACUUGAAUAUGUAAGGUGCAAGUUUUAGUUUCAACUCUCAAUCAUAAAGAAUGUUGAAUGUUGAAUUUUUUCUGGUAUUAUACAACUGAACAUUCAUAUUUAGUGACAUAAAUAAGUGCCAUAGAUUUGAAAAAAAAAAAAAAAAAAAAAGCAGGUUCCAUUGUUUAUAUUUUAUUACAUCUAUUUUUUGUUGAAUACUAUAUGUAAUUUUCCUAUGUGUGAUACAAGAUAUUGUUUACAAAAGGCAUUUUUUUUUCUUUUUUACCAUGAACAUUUUUUCUUCUUUUUCUGAUCAUAUAUAUUCUUACAUUUAUAAACUUUUAUAAUUCUGUGUUCUGAAGUGACAUCAAAUAGGGGAUAAUCAUGCAGAUUUCAUGCUACUUGUAUAAGAAGUUUGGUAAACAAGGGGAGCAUAAUGCCUACAACACAAUCAAAGGUGAAAUGAUAUUUCAUUUUACAUUAAAGGAAACAAUUACAAUGAAGCGCAUUGAAGUGGUAAAAUUUUCCAUUUGGAUGAAACGUUCUGAGUCAUGUUUUGAACGUCAAUGAUAACAUAAUGACACGCCCAUUUCUUUAGAAACGAAAAAGAAAUAUUCGUUGUAAUGUUUAAGGACAUGAGUUACAAAUUUUUAAAAGAUUUUUAAAGUUAUGAGAGAGAGAGUUAGAGAGUUCACGCUUCUGUUAAUCACGUAUUUCAGCGAAUUUCUCAGUAAUUAUUUAUUUUAUCAUGUUUAUUGGAGUUACCAUAACACAUGUAUCGGUCGAACACGUGCUUACUCGGUGUUUAUGUAGACUGUCAAUUUCAUUGGCCAUUAUAUUUAUGUAAUACCUGUUCUGCGCGUAUUCGAAUGAACCAUUUGACCGAUUUUUUCCUUUCUAAAGAAAUGGGCGUGUCAUUGUAUAACAAUCAUUGUUCUAAAGAUAGUUCAAAACGUUCCAGUCAAACGGAAAAUUUUACCACUUCAAUGCGCUUCAUUGUAUGUAAAAUAUCCACAAUUUGAAAAAAUUUGACUAAAAAUUAAAAUUAUUGUAUAUGAAAUAAUAACAUAUGCACACCAAAGAGGCAAAAGAAGUCAUUUUCUAAUACAAUAUAACAGAUAAAAUAAUAAAAAGUUAAGAAUCAGAAAGAAUAUUUAACACAGAAGUGGAUAUUUCUGUUGCAUAAAGCGUAAAAUAGUAAAUUAAUCAAUGAGCAUGGUGGCGGAACAUAAACCAUUUUUCCAGAGUUUCUCCAGCUUACCUGGUAUAUUUUGGGAUUUGAAUCAGAUCUAUUUAUUAUAUCACAUAUGCUUCUAUUCUUUUAUAUUUUACCCAGCAGUUGGCUCUGAGCUGGGGCCAUCAGUUGAACAUGAAAAUGCUUGUCUUUUGCUUUUUGUACCAUUAAGUCUUUUUAUUUCAUUUUUUUUUGAGGUUUUUAUAUUAAUUUUCUUCAUUUGAUGUAAGAUUAACAUGUCCAAGAAAUCAACCUUUCAACUACAAACUGCUAUAAGUGUCCUUUUACAAACUGUCAAAUGCUAAUUAAAGCUCUCACUGAUUCUUAGGGAACAAUAAUAUGUUAUCAUGUAACUCUUAUUUUAAGAAAAACAAUUAUGUGUUAUAUAUUCUAAAUUCUAUUUUUCAUUACAUAAAAACAUUCCAAGUUUGUAUAUCAUGUACAUUGUAAUUCUAUUGCAGCAGAUUCAUAUAAAGGUCUUUGUUUUAGUUUAUCUUUAAAAAAUGCAAGAAAAAAUUUAUAUAUAAAUAAAAAUACUAGUUGUGUAAUGACUAUUUUGGCUGAAGGGAAGUAAAAUUUCUGGAUCCCUUUCAGUGAACAAUACCAAAAACUACUCAGAUAUUGAAUAUUUACGUUAUUCCUUUUUGUAUAAAAAUAUAAUUUUGGAGUGGUGUAUUAAUUUUAUGAUAAAAUUUGUUCUUUCAGUUAUGACCAUAUUUUAUUUAUUUGUAAUAAAAUACAGUUUUGAAAUCAGAA